GUGGCACGUGUGGCAGCGGUCCCGGUACCGCCGGAGGGAGCUGGGGCGCCAUGGGGCGGAAGCUGGACCCCACUAGGAAGGAGAAGCGCGGUCCUGGGCGCAAGGCCCGCAAGCAGCGGGGGGCUGAGGUGGAGCUGGCCCGCUUCCUUCCACCAGAGCCGGAGACCGGCAGGAAGAAGCUUUCCAGUCACGGGAGAAAAAGGGCCGCUAAGAGGCGCCUGGCAGCCGUCGGUGUCCCGGGGGGGAAGAGGCCGCACGGAGCAGGAGGGGAGCGGGAGGCGUCAGUUAAAGAACAGAUCCCCCCAGAGGACAAACAUGCUGUGAAGGCAAAAGGACAAACCCCUCGUGGCCAGUCUGGCUUCACUGAUAGCAACUCAAAAUGGUUGACUCCAGCUAAAGCCAAAAAGAUCUCAUCUAAAAGAAACAAUGUGGAACUAUCCAGUGAUGGUGAGGUGGAAGAGGGCAGCUGGGAGACGGAAGAGGAUGAGGAUGGGAGCAGUGACGAAAUGGUGGAUGAUUAUGGUGCUGCAUCAUCAGACGAAGAAGAGUUGCUGCCUAUUGAAAAAGCUGCCCUAAAGCAGAAGCCUGACAGGGGAGGCCUCAGUGAAGAUGACAGUGAAGAGGAGGAGGAGGUAGAAGAGGCAAACAGGCAGAAAAUGGGACAGAAGGAGGAAGAAGGCCCAGAUCUGCAGCUCAACCUGGAUAUAGACGAACAAUUUAAACUGCCUACUAAUGAACAGAUUGAGAAAGAGGCCGCGGAGCCACCUGAUCUGCACAUCAUUCACCAACGCAUCAAGGGCAACAUGGAGGUGCUGCAGGACUUCAAGGUGAAGCGGGAGGAAGGACGCACAAGACAGGAGUACCUCGCCUUGUUGCGACGGGACAUGGCUGCCUACUAUUCCUACAGCGACUUCUUGCUCAUGAAGCUCAUGGACAUCUUCCCACUCCCUGAGCUGAUAAACUUCCUGGAAGCCAAUGAGGUUCCCCGCCCUGUCACCAUUCGCACCAACACACUCAAGACACGGCGACGGGACCUGGCACAGGCUCUAAUCAACCGUGGUGUGAAUCUUGACCCCUUGGGGAAGUGGUCAAAAACAGGACUUGUGAUUUAUGACUCCUCUGUGCCUAUUGGUGCCACUCCGGAGUAUCUGGCUGGACACUACAUGCUGCAAGGAGCCUCCAGUCUCCUCCCUGUCAUGGCUCUGGCUCCACAGGAGAAUGAACGCAUCCUGGAUAUGUGCUGUGCCCCAGGAGGCAAGACCAGCUACAUAGCUCAGCUGAUGAAGAACACAGGUAUAAUCUUGGCCAAUGACAGCAAUGCUGAGCGGCUCCGUAGCGUGGUAGGGAACUUGCAUCGUCUGGGAGUCACCAAUGCUGUAGUGAGUAACUGUGAUGGACGCCAGUUUCCUAAGGUGCUUGGAGGAUUUGACCGUGUCUUGCUUGACGCUCCUUGUAGUGGAACAGGCGUCAUUUCCAAGGAUCCUGCUGUCAAAACUAACAAGGAUGAGAAAGACAUCCUACGCUGUGCUCACCUGCAGAAAGAACUGAUUCUCAGUGCUAUAGAUUCAGUCAAUGCUGCCUCAGAGACAGGGGGCUACAUUGUCUACUGCACUUGCUCUAUCAUGGUGGAGGAGAAUGAGUGGGUUGUUGAUUAUGCUCUGAAGAAACGCAACGUUCGUUUGGUGGCCACAGGCCUGGACUUUGGCAAGGAAGGCUUUACCAGGUUCAAGGACCGUCGUUUCCACCCCUCCCUCAAGUCUACACGGCGUUUCUAUCCCCACACACACAAUAUGGAUGGGUUCUUCAUUGCAAAGUUCAAGAAAUUCUCUAAUGCCAUCCCCCAGACACAGAAAGAUGAAGAGCCUACUGUGGAAGCAGCAACUCCAUCUGUUGUCCCUGAUACCACAGUAGAGCCUCAGCCAAAAAAGAAGAAACUCGAGGGAUCAAAAGUUGUCAAAGAGCAGAAGCCUCCACCACCUGCUUUGAAGAAAAAACAUUCAUUGCAGGCACAGAGGAAACCUUUGAAGGCUGCCCGGCCUUCUCCCAAAAUGAUGCAUCGUCAAGUCCCUACCAAGAAGAAGCAUAAAGUGAAACUGAAUGGACAGUGAGAGGAACUGAUUUUCCAGGGAUCGGUCACCUCCUUGGAAAGCAAAUCCUGGUGUCUGCUGCAGCUGCAUGUGUGCCACCUUGUCUUUCCUGCUCUGUGCAGCACCGAGCACCUGGGACAGUUAUAGCCCUGCUAGGUCCCUUCCCUCCUCUGCAUCAAGGGCUAAUGCACUGACCCAUUAAAAUUUUUGUACUCUUGCUCCA